UGUGUUAGUGCUUGCACAGUGCCUUUAUUCUACUGUCAGACACAAAUACAUUGUGAACUAGCUGGUUUACAGAAUAUAUGAAAGGGAUUCUGUGAUUGUGACAGUGCCAGACAGACAGUGAGGGUGUCGUAUAAAGCUUUUAUGAUGGCAGGGAGAAAAAGAAAGAGUUUAGCAUUGACAGGAGCAGCAAAACCUCUACAAGUAAAGAAGGAUCAUAAAAACCCGACGGAUUCAAAGGUUUCACCUGCUGAGCUGAACAAGGAUGACCUGCAAGAUGACCUGCCAGGUGACCUGCAAGGUGACCUGCAGCACAGACUUGGAGAGGAGUUUUUCAACCAACCCUGCAUCAGUUUGGCUCAAGCUUUACUUGGCAAGGUGUUGGUCCGCAGGUGUGCAGAUGGUACCGAGCUGCGAGGGAGAAUAGUGGAAACUGAAGCCUACCUUGGAGGGGAGGACAAAGCUUCACACUCAUCAGGAGGCAAACGCACUAAGAGGAACGCAGCCAUGUUCAUGGCGCCUGGCACAAUCUAUGUGUAUUCGAUCUACGGCAUCUACCUCUGCAUGAACGUGUCUAGUGAAGGGGAGGGUGCUGCCGUGCUGCUGCGCUCCCUGGAGCCCCUGCAGGGUCACCCCGUCAUGAGGCAGCUGAGGGCAGCCAAACGCAAAGAGGGAGCCCAACAACUGAAGGACAAAGAGCUCUGCAACGGGCCUUCCAAGCUGUGCCAGGCUCUAAAUAUACCCCGCUGUUUUGAUUGUCGACACCUCGCCUCAGACCCAGAAGUGUGGCUGGAGAGCGAGCCCAACACAAAUCCACCAGAACCCCAAGAUAUAGUAUCAGCACCACGCAUCGGAAUUGAAUCUCAUGGGGAAUGGGCCAAGAAGCCCUGGCGGUUUUAUCUUCGUGGGCACCCCUGUGUUAGCGUGGUGAAUAAGGAGGCAGAAAGACAGUCUGGAAAUGUAAUGAACAAUUUAGGUCCCUCAGAUGUGCAGUCUGACACAGGACAGCACAAAGUCAAGAGGGCGUAACAGGAAUAUCCCUCGAACUACUCUGCCAUCUGUUCCCUCUGUGGACGUCUCCAUUUAGGCACUAAAAACUCAAGAAGAAAGUCAAGAUGGUAGAAUAACCUUCUUGACUGGUUGAAUGUGUCUAAAUUCCAAUCUGCAUAAAUGAUGCAAUGUUUCUCAUUAAAUUUUGUAAACUGCAACUUAUUUUGACACAGUAUUUAUGGUACUGAUGCAAAGUUAUACUUGAAACUAACAGAUUAUAGUUUAAAUCAGCUAGAGUAAGACUCAAUUUAUCAAUCUACAAAAAAAAUAAAAAUGAU